CGCCAUCUGGAGGUAUCACUUCCGGUUGCGGCCUAGACGGUUGGAAACCGUUGUUUGCGGAGGGGUAGCGCGUGUGUGCCGGAGCUGUCGCCGUGGCGGUCGUCAUGGCAGCGGCUGCGGGGCCUGGAGGGGGCGACACCACCGUCGCCGCCGGGAACGACGGCGGUGGCGGGGCGGAAGGGGAAAGGGGGAGCCCCCGCCCCCCCGGCUCGGACCCACGACGCCUGGGGCCGGGGGGGCGUGAAGAAGAGGAGGCGGCGUCGGGGCCAGGCAGCGCGGGGGUCCCGGCCGGCCAGAGCCACGCGCCCUCGUCGCCGCACCACCGAGAGGCCGAAGUCACCGUGGAGAUCGGCGAGACUUACCUGUGUCGGCGCGGGGACGGGACCUGGCAUUCUGCUGAAGUGAUUCAGUCUCGGAUCAACGAACAAGAAGCCAGAGAGGAAUUUUAUGUGCACUAUGUUGGCUUCAACCGGCGUCUGGAUGAGUGGGUUGACAAGAACCGUUUGGCUCUCACAAAAACCGUCAAAGAUGCGGUGCAGAAGAACACUGACCAGUACAUGAAUGAGCUGUCUGAACAGCCAGAGCGCAAGAUCACCCGCAACCAGAAGCGAAAACAUGAUGAGAUCAACCAUGUACAGAAGACUUAUGCUGAGAUGGAUCCCACCACAGCAGCUUUGGAGAAGGAGCACGAAGCAAUCACCAAGGUGAAAUACGUGGACAAGAUCCAUAUCGGGAACUAUGAAAUUGACGCUUGGUAUUUCUCACCUUUCCCAGAGGAUUACGGGAAGCAACCCAAGCUGUGGAUCUGCGAGUACUGCCUCAAGUACAUGAAGUUUGAGAAGACCUACCGCUAUCACCUUGGCCAGUGCCAAUGGAGGCAACCACCAGGCAAGGAGAUCUACCGCAAGAACAACAUUUCUGUGUAUGAGGUGGAUGGCAAAGAUCACAAGAUUUACUGCCAGAAUCUGUGUCUCCUGGCCAAGCUCUUCUUGGAUCACAAGACCCUCUAUUUUGAUGUGGAGCCCUUUGUUUUCUACAUUCUUACUGAGGUCGAUCGGCAGGGGGCCCAUAUCGUUGGCUACUUCUCCAAGGAGAAGGAGUCCCCAGAUGGUAACAAUGUGGCCUGCAUCCUCACCUUGCCUCCAUACCAGAGGAGAGGUUAUGGGAAGUUCCUUAUUGCUUUCAGCUAUGAGCUCUCCAAGCUGGAAAGCACCGUGGGUUCCCCAGAGAAGCCUCUCUCAGACCUAGGCAAGCUGAGCUAUCGGAGCUAUUGGUCAUGGGUGCUGCUGGAGAUCCUCAGGGAUUUCCGGGGCACUCUUUCCAUCAAAGAUCUCAGCCAGAUGACGAGCAUCACACAAAAUGACAUCAUCAGUACGCUGCAGUCGCUGAAUAUGGUCAAGUACUGGAAAGGGCAGCAUGUUAUCUGUGUCACCCCCAAGCUGGUUGAAGAGCACCUCAAAAGCGCCCAAUAUAAGAAGCCUCCCAUCACAGUGGAUUCCCUCUGCCUGAGGUGGGCACCUCCCAAACACAAACAAGCCAAGAUUUCCAAGAAGUGAGGGAGCCAGGGACAAGAAGAAUGGAAGAAGCUCCCCCUCAGUUCACAUCCACCUUUCAUUUUAAGAGAUGGUCGAAGGCCAGACAUUUUGUGUUGGACUUGCAUUGAUUGGAUGUGCUUUGAGCCGAUGGGUUGGAGGAAAUGGGGGAGGGGGAAAGAGUCCCCCACUGUUGCAGCAUCUCAAGUACUGUUGUUCAUUGGCUCUUUCGAGGCCCCUUCAGCUUGUAAGUCCUGUUCUCAUCUUCCCACAGAAUGUUAUGGUUGGGAGUCACCCUUUUAGGCCUGAAAGCACAGCCAGUUUCCGAGCUGCUCCAGCACAAGCCUUUUGGGCUGCCUCUGCGUACCUUAGCAGGCAGGUUAAAGAGGGGGAAAGCUUAAGUGGGAAGGAUGCUGGGGAAGCCAUUUGCAGAAAAUGGGUGGGUGGCAGCAGCAGUAUUUAAGGGGCUUUUAGGACCCUGCUGGUGGAAGAACAGUUUUCCCCAACCCAUCAGUUUUGAGAGUUGAAAUGGUUGGUGGUUUUUCUGCUCUGUGCAUGUCAAACUGUCAUCCUUCCCCCCUCCCUUUCUAGCAGAUGGAUGCUAAAGGGCAGAAACUCUUAAAAUUCUGGCUCCCUGGGCCUUCCCUGUGUCAUCUGUCUAUGGUCUGUUUGGAAAAAGAGGAUGGGGCCAGUUACCACUGACAGUUUCUUGCUCUUAAAGUGAAGCCAGAAGAGACUGCAGCUCCCCUCCUCUUCAGUAGCUGCCAAAACUGCAUUUAAGGCAGUGUCAGGAAUAGUGGGUUUCUAAGCGAGAUGUGAGUUGCCCUGCCCUUUGCGUCUCCCCUUUGAACAAAAGAGAUCUUAUAUCAAGAAAGGGAAGUUUAGGAAGUGCUUCAAGCUUUUUCUUUCGAACCGCUUUAGAUGUAAUGUGUGAUGGUUCUCUUUCUGCCCCACCCCCCAGUUCCAGUGGUGAAAUCUGACUUUAUUGGUGCUCAGUGAGAGAGGAGAGUCUAGCAAGUCCCUUGGCCCCUGUCAGAAGGGGGAGGGGCUGCCUCUUAUCUUCCUGCAGCCACCUCCUUGCAUACCUGGUACCUGCUGGCAGGGCUGAGGCCUGCACAAGAUACACUAGCCACAUGGUAGUCUGGCUAUAGCUAGUAGGCUCAUGCUCCAUGUACACAAUGUGUUUUCUGUUAUCUUGAGAAUUAUUUUAAUUAAAAAAAGAAGUAUGAUA